AUGCUGCCCCGGAUGAAGUACCGCAACCCAUCUAUCCCGAUGGAAAUAGCGCGACAUAACGAUCCCGACGGUCCCUCGCUCCUCCAUAUCUACACGGCAACCAAAACCCAACCCACGGCUGGCUCCACAAACUCCCCCACAGCCCAACAGUCAGACUCUUCACCACCGUCUGGCACACCGAACCCGCGCAAUACCCUCGUACCUGAUACCUCGAAACCCACAUACACAAUUGACAUAAGAGAUCAAUCAGACAGCGAGAUCUUGGAGGCACUGGUAGAGAAGAUAGGCGCGCAGGAGAUCAAGCCGACUGAGCAAGAGUUGGCUGAGAUGAAGGAGAUUGCCGAGUUCAAGGAGCGGGCUGAGGCGGACAGAGUGCAGGUUAGGGAGAGGUUAUUGAAGGAGCGGAGAGAGGCAGAGCUGCUUAAGUUGGCGAGGGGAGAGGUACCGGCUACAAACUAA